AUGCAGGCAAAAAUUCUGUGUGAUCAAGAUAGUUGCCCAGAAAACAAAACACUGGUCCCCAUAUUGGCCGCAAGAGACUUGGAUAGUGACACCUUCCCUCAUGGGCAGAGCUUUGAGCGAGUGAUAAAGAUCCCAUCAAAUUUAGAAUUAUACCAAGCAGCCACUCCUCACCCAGCAAUCUACUUUCCGCCAAGCAACAGCUCAUCAAUCACCAACAAUCAACUCCCAGGCCAAGCUAUGGAUCCAGCCCAUCCUCUCCUCACCAACAUCACCUCAGUCUCAUUCUCACCGCUCUUAUCAUCAGACGUCCGAUCAAUCUCAGUCCUUCAAAUCACCAAUCCAUCCCUACUCGAUAACAACAAUGUGCCCUCAACUGCAGGCCUCUACGACCCUAGGCUUGGGCCCCUCGAUUGGCAAGAUAUCUGCUGGACCUGCCAUCAACUCAACACUCAAUGUCCCGGUCAUUUCGGUCACAUCGAACUCAACGUGCCCGUCUUUCAUCCACUCUUCAUGACACAUGCCUAUCAGCUCUUGAGGUCAACUUGCUUCUAUUGCCAUCAUUUCCUGUGUUCUCAGUUGGUGAUUCUCCGAUAUACUGCAAAACUCAAACUUCUAGAGCAUGGCCUGCCAAUCGAAUCGGAUGCAAUAGACGAUUUUCCAACCUCACAACCCAUUACCCCUGGGAAAAGGGCCGCAGAGGAAGGCGCCGAUCAGGAAAAUGAAGACCCAGAAGCAGACCAAGCCGAAUUCGAUCUCAACUUUUACAAAACCUCAAUCUCAAAAUUUGUGGCCGAAUGUUUAGAUCGGAAGAAGAGUUCUAUCAAGGCCAGAUGCUCCGGGGAAGAUUAUAAGAUUGGAAUGUGCUUCGAUCGAAGGCGACAGGUGAUUUCGGAACUGUUCAAAUUAUUACCCAAGAAGAAGUGCGAAAGAUGUGGAGCCCACUCGUCGCGAAUGAGGAAAGACGGUCAUACGAAAAUUAUGGAAUACUCUCUCGUGCCUAAACAAGAACAGUAUCACAAAUUGACGGGCAAAGUUAGGCCAAACGUGCUCAAAUUCUCCGCUGGAUCAACCCUUAGUCGGCGCUCAUCUUCCAUCCAACCAUCAGCCACAAACAAACGACAGCGCACAGACCCUUCGUCCGAAAACGGCAGAUACUUUAGCGAUGUUAAUAGUGACGACGGUGCUUCGGCCUGGGCCCAAAGCACCCAAGCUGCAAGAUCAAACUUAGGUGACGCGGCUUCUGAUAGCGAUGUGGAUGAAGUUGUUCAACAUAAAAAAGCUGCAAGCAGCCGCGCAGAAACUGAAAGUGCUGAAAGCUCGAACGACGACGACGACGACGACGAUGAUGAUAACAACAACGAUGGCCAGGAGCAAGGAAAAGGCGCCAAGCCAUCCAAGCAGACCGAACGAAUGAUGCUCGCUCAAGAGGCUCGGGCCCAUCUGAAUCAGCUUUUCAUUAAUGAACCAGAAAUUUGCGGAUUGUUGUACGGCUCACGUUUUCCGGCAUUACAAUCGCAUCGUGAACAAGCGCCGGCUUCGGCCGACAUGUUUUUUCUUGAAGUCGUGCCUGUGCCGCCUUCAAGGUUCCGUCCGGCUGCUAUCAUGGGUGGUAUGACACUUGAAUCACCUCAAAACCAACUAUUGACCCAAAUUCUCACCCAAACCAUCAAGCUCCGCGAUCUCAAUAGCGAUCUCGCGACUACAAGCAAGAGGAUCAAGGUAGAAAAAGAUUUGGAUUCCUCUGAAGUUGAAGCCCUCCAAACCACUCGGGCCAAAUUGUAUCGACAAGUUUUAGAAGCCUGUGUUGGUAUGCAAGUCGCGGUCAACAGUUUGAUGGAUAGUACCAAGAACCCAACGAACAUGGGCCCAGGUAAACUACCACCCCAAGGUAUCAAACAGCUGCUUGAAAAAAAGGACGGACUGUUUCGUAUGAACAUGAUGGGUAAACGAGUGAACUACGCCGCGAGAUCAGUCAUCUCACCCGACAUCAACAUCGAAACCAAUGAGAUCGGAGUACCACCGGUCUUUGCUAAGAAACUGACGUUUCCCGAGUUUGUCACCGCACACAACUAUGAGCAGAUGCACCGGUUAGUUUGCAAUGGUCCGAAUAAGCAUCCCGGGGCGGUUUAUAUUCAAGAUGAAGAUGGGACGAUGAUUUCUCUAGACAAAAUGGACGAGGAAGGCCGACGAGCGUUAGCCAACACUUUGCUACACUCAAAUGGUGACGCCGAGAAUGCGAAUAGUAUGGCAAGGCCUGAUAUAGGGCUACCAUCAACCCGGACACGAAUGCGUAGUAAGCGCGUCCAUCGCCACUUGGACGACGGCGAUAUUCUUAUCUUAAAUCGACAGCCAACACUUCACAAACCUAGUAUGAUGUGUCACCGAGCCAGGAUUUUGAAAGGCGAAAAGACGAUUCGGAUGCAUUACGCAAACUGCAAUUCUUACAACGCUGAUUUUGAUGGAGAUGAGAUGAAUAUGCAUUUCCCACAAAGCUUGGUUGCCCAAAGCGAGGCACGAAUGAUCGCAAACAACGACAAUCAAUACUUAGUACCAACCUCGGGGAAUCCUCUCCGUGGCUUGAUUCAAGAUCAUGUGGUAUCUGGAGUUUGGAUGACGAAUAAAGACACGUUUUUCACUCGAGAUGACUAUUAUCAAAUCAUCUAUGGAGCUCUGAGACCAGAAGGAAACUACUCUGGUCAAGGUAGGGUCGUCACCGUGCCCCCAACGAUCUGGAAACCGGUACCUAUGUGGACCGGUAAACAGCUGAUCUCAACUAUCAUGAAGAAUAUCACCCCACUUAAUGCAUCUGGACUUAACUUAUUCUCAUCCUCAAAGGUCCGAGGAAAAUCGUGGGGGACUCAACAUACAGGAGAAGAGCAUGUGACCUUUAUGGAUGGCGACUUGAUCCAAGGAGUGAUUGAUAAAUCACAGAUCGGUGCUUCCCCAUACGGUCUGGUACAUUCCGUUUAUGACUUGUACGGUGCGGAUAUCGCUGGAAAACUGUUGGGCAUCCUCAGUCGAUUAUUCACCAAAUUUCUCCAACAUCGCGCAUUCACUUGCAGAAUGGAUGAUCUACAGCUCACAAAACGGGGGGAUGAGAUGCGUUCGAAGCUCAUUUCCGAAACUUCUCAGCGGGGUAUCCGGGCUACUUUGUCGACCAUCGGGCUCUCAGAAAAGGAAGCGAAAACUCCUCACGGUAUGAUUGAUUUGGAAAACCGUCUUCAAGAGGUCUUGAGAGAUGAUAUGAAAAUGGCAGCACUUGAUAACGCCUACAGCGGAGAGAACUCCUCGCUACAAACAGCCAUCAAUAAUCAAUGCCUUCCUUCUGGUCUAGCAAAACCAUUCCCAUGGAAUAAUAUGCAAAUGAUGACUUCAUCCGGUGCAAAGGGCACUCCAGUCAAUGCAUCUCAAAUCUCUUGUCUACUCGGUCAACAAGCCCUGGAAGGACGUCGGGUACCCGUCAUGGUUAGUGGGAAGACACUUCCAUCCUUUCGCGCGUUUGAAACUGCACCACGGGCGGGUGGAUUUGUCGCCCAACGUUUCUUGACUGGUAUUCGUCCGCAAGAGUAUUACUUUCAUUGCAUGGCUGGACGAGAGGGUUUGAUCGACACGGCUGUCAAAACGAGUCGAUCAGGAUAUUUACAACGUUGUCUAAUCAAGCAUCUUGAAGGAGUGCGAGUUCAUUACGACCAUACCGUCCGGAACAGCGAUUCAUCGAUACUUCAGUUCCAUUAUGGAGAUGAUUCACUUGAUGUGACAAAACAGAAGCAUCUCAAUCAAUUCGACUUUUCGCUCAUGAAUCGUAGUUCUUUGAUCACACGCUUCAACCCAAGUCGAAUCGCUGGUCAAGUCGAUUGUACCACUGCUAACGACCACACCGAUCGAAUAGUCAAGGCGAUAAAGAAAGGAGUCCGUUCACUGCCGCCACCCACGCUGUCUCUCUUCAGUCCAAGUCGACACUUUGGAAGUAUUUCGGAAAAAUUUGCCGUAGAUGUGGAAGCCUAUAAAAAUUUGAAUCCGCUUCAAGUCCUAAAAUCUAAGAAAAGUAUCCGAAAGACGUGGCCUGUGUACCGAAAAUCUGACGACCUCGUAUCAAUGGAUAUCUUCAGCUCAUUGAUGCACGUUCGGUUCAUGAUGGGACUCGUCGACCCAGGAGAAGCCGUUGGCUUGUUGGCCGCGCAAGGAGUCGGAGAACCUUCAACUCAAAUGACGCUCAAUACCUUCCAUUUCGCCGGUCACGGCGCCGCGAACGUCACCUUAGGUAUCCCGCGUUUGCGUGAGAUCGUGAUGACAGCGUCCGCGAACAUCAAGACUCCUACGAUGAAAUUUCCGAUACGACCGGAGGUGACGGAUGAGCAAUUCGAACGAUUUAUCAAGCAAACAGCCCGACUGUAUCUAUCUCAGGUGGUCGAUCAAGUAUUGGUGACAGAGCGAUUGAAACGAAAUGGGAACAAUGCACAAAUCUCCAAAGUUUACGAAAUCAGAUUGCAACUCUAUCCGGCUGAAGAGUAUUGUCGCGAGUACAGUAUCAACGUUCCCGCAGUUUUCAAGUCGAUUGCCAAGGUGUUUGUACCGAUGCUAGAGCGAAUGAUCACGCGUGAAUUGAAGACGCUGCAGUCAGAUCUGAAAAUUCAGCUUGCUGAGAUAGGGAAAGGCAAGUCGAGUUCGUCGCGAAAAGGCCCAGGCAACGGUGCAAAUGGUAGUGAGGAUGGUGAAGAGGAUGUCCCUGCUCGAAGAGUAGAUGAAGCUGAUAUUGAGGAUGGAGAUGCCUAUGAUGAGAAACGGGCGCGUCAACGGGGAGAACUUGACUACGAUAAGGAUGGCGUCGAGUCGGAUUCAGAUGCGGAAUCGGAAGUCAUGAAUGAUGAAAAACUGCGAAAGAUGACCGGUGCUAGUAAAACUCGUGAAGAUCGAGAUAGUGAUGAUGACUCGUCAUCAAGCUCGGCCGAUUCGGAUGAUGCUCGAAGUCUUGAAGAACUCGAAAUUUCUCAGAGUGACGCCGAAGAACUUGCAGAUGAAGUGCAACAGUUAUCCCACUAUGUCAACUCGAUCGAGUUUGAUAGACAUGGCGGUUAUUGCCAGCUAUCAAUGCAGUUUCCAUCGAGUUCAACCAAACUGUUAUUAGUCGGACUGAUUGAAGAGAGUUGUAGACGAGCGGUGAUCCAAGAAAUCAAAGGGAUCGCCAGGACUUUAGUUUCUCAAUCGGAUGAUAAGAAUAAGGAGAGGAGGUUUGGAAUGACCGAAGGCGCCAACUUGAUCGCUGCUUGGGACUUCGGCCACAAUAUCAUCGAGUUGGAUGAAUUAUAUUCCAAUGAUAUCAAUGCAAUGCUUAAAACUUAUGGCGUCGAGGCGGCUAGAUCUUCAAUCAUCAAAGAAAUCUCUGGCGUCUUUAACGUGUAUGGUAUCUCAGUGGAUUAUCGACAUUUAACGGUUAUCGCCGACUACAUGACUUCUGAAGGAAGGUAUAAACCAUUCAACAGAUCGGGCCUGUCCAAUAACGUUUCUCCAUUCCUGAAAGCUUCAUAUGAAACCACGGCCACUAUUUUGACCGAUGCUACGAUCUUUGGGGACUUCGAUAACCUCCUCAAUCCGUCAGCUUCUAUCGUCUUGGGCCAACCUCCUAUGACCGGCACUAAUUCCUUCGAUGUCCUCGUCAAAACUUGAUUUUCUUUUCUUCUUUCGUUCUCUUGGUCUUAACUAUGAAACAAAUAUAAACAUAAAAAAAACUCCCGGAUUUGCUCUUGGUGCCUUUGAUAUCCGUUUUGUGUCUUUUUUUUUGUCGGCUCUUAUCUUCUAAUAUGUGCAUGCAGUAUGAUCUCUUUUCCCUUUUCCUCCAUCCGCUUCUAUUUCUCUUUUUUUUUUCUCUCUCUCUCUUUGAUCUAUGAUUACGAUCACCCAGGAAAUAAAUCCUUCAAACAAUACCCUUUUCCAAUCAACCAUUCUUCUUCCACACCGACCAUAUUGGCACAAGGCAACAAGUGAUUUUGUGUUCUUGUGAAAAGCUUACUUGCUCAUGUCAUGAAUGCAUCCUAUCUCAUUGGAACUGUACGCCCUUCAUGUCAUAUUGUAGGCAUCCAUCCAGCCACCAGCUUCCCAUGAUCUGUGCUCGAUUCAUUACUAAGAUGGGGUUGGGUUCUGA